AUCCGAGGCAACCAUGACUACAGCGGCCUCACCGUGCCUCUCAUUGUGAUGAGCGUGUUCUGGGGCUUCGUGGGCUUCUUAGUGCCCUGGUUCAUCCCUAAGGGCCCUAACCGAGGAGUUAUCAUCACUAUGUUGGUGACCUGUUCAGUUUGCUGCUACCUGUUUUGGCUGAUUGCGAUUCUGGCCCAGCUCAACCCUCUCUUUGGACCACAGUUGAAAAAUGAAUCCAUCUGGUAACUCAAGUAUCACUGGCCCUGAAGAAGAACUGUCAUUGAGGCCGUGAAGAGAAUUCCUCUUGAUGCAAAAUCAUCUCCAAACCCAGACCACCUUCCUUGACUUGCCUGUUUGUGCACCAGCUGCCUUAAACAUUCACAUCACAUUUGAAUGUCUUACUCUAAAAUGAAGUAUUUUUCCUGUCACCUUUUUUUACACUUUAAUGAAUGGUGUGCCUACUUAACCAAAACUGUGCCAACUACCCAAAAUGUUUAUGCACUUUUUUGAGAUGGACGGCGUUAUUC